AUGCGACAGCCGUCGACCGACACGGUCGACAAAGCAGUAUGGACGGAGGAGAGCGGCGCGGCGCGGCUGGAAGCGGUUCUGGUCGCGCUGGUGGAGCGCAAGGCUCGCGCGCUCCACGCAGAGCAGUCACGGCGGCGCGCACGCACACACCCGCUACUGCUACUCCUUCGAGACCCCGUACCCGACGAGGAGGCCUCGAUCAUAGGCAGCCCGGGCGAAGAGCUGCCAUCACAUUGGUGCGAGCAUGAGAUCGCUAGGCAUAAGCGUAAGAAACUUAAACUACAAACCCGUCGUAGAGAUAUGCAAAUUCCCGAACAACUGGAGCUGGAGCGACGCCGUCGCCGACGUAGACGCAGUCCUCAUGUCCAUGGACAGAAGCCGAAGAAACACCGCACUCUACUUGUCUCAGCUAUUGAUGAACAAGCCAAAGUUAUUCAUGUACUGGAUCCAGAUGAGCUUCCCCGCCGCGCUCGAUAUACCAUCAUGGUGACGGCGUGCCUCUUGCUGUUUCUCUGUCUACUGCUGGUCGGAGUCACGUUGCGUAUGGCACCUCUCAUCGACGAUAUGGGUAAGUACUUGCACUUGGAAAAUAGAGAUAGAUCAAGCUGGACUUAA